GAGACCAAUAAUAGUUUGCCACGUCAGCUCCCUCUUUCUUCUUCUUUCUCGUGAAAUUUCGAUUUAACCCCGGACUCCUGCUGCAGUUGAAGCGAGAAGACCCUAGAAAGUCCACGCCCAUAUUCUAUGGCUUACGUCGAACGAGGUGUUGUGAAACCGAAGCGAUCUAUAUGGCGACUGAAAACUAUCACUGAUUUCUUUUGGGCGAUCAUUAAUUUUAUUAAUGUGUUCUUCAUGACCAUGUUUUCGAUGGAAAAAUCUGAUGGAUAUAAGAAAAGCUCUGGUGGCAGCAGCACGAAAUGGGGUGGUGGCGGUCCUGGAGGCGGCCCUUAUGGUGGUGGCCCACGAGGGCCACCACAUGGGCUAGACAACGUUAGAGGCAUAGACCAUAGCUCUCUUCCGGCCUGUGGAUCUUGCUGUGGAGGUUAACACCAGGUCGUUUUUUCAUCUUUUCUAGUCCCAUACCACACUUUCAGGAUGUUGAACUUGAACAUUCAGUUGUUUAUUUGUUCUCCUUGAGUAACAUAUGUAAUUAUGUAUACCUAUAUAUGAUGGUAUAAUGUUUUGUGUAUCCACUGCUGUUUUAAAUACUUUGGUGCUUUUGAACUAUUCUAUGUUUAAGGUAUAUCAUAUAUGUGAUAUUUUGUUAUGAA